AUAAGUGUGCGAUAUUCUGACACUUGCACGUACAAGCUUCAAUGAGGACCAUCUCCCUUGUUCCGCAGGCUAUGGCGAGCACGCAGUACCCCUACACCUACGGCCAGCAGAUGGGCUACUGGUACCCGCAGACGGCGUCGUACCCGGCCGCCGCAGCCGCCACCAACGCGGCCGCGGCGCAGAUGCAGGCCAGCCAGUUCAUGCAGCAGACGGGCUACUCCGCCUCGCCCUUCGGCCAGUACGGCGGCUACCAGCAGGCGGGCUACAUGGGCAUGGCGAGCCUGCAGAUGCCCACCACCUGGCAGGGGCUGCCCGCCCAGCCGGCCAUGCCCGCCGCCGGGCAGAUGGCAGCCGCCCAGGCCAGCGCCGCAGCGCUGCAGCAGCCAGCGGGCAUCAUGGCCUUUCCGGCAAUGCAAGCCGGCUACCAGCUCUCAGCCGAGGAGGACUGGCUGACGCCGAGUCUUCUGGUUUGAAGAGGAGAGGAGCUUCUUUGGGACCCACCUCCACGAUUGUGACCGGUGUGUACAACUGCCAAAACAAAGGUUCAACGGUUGGAUCGUCAUCAUACCCCGUGUACAUACAGAUAAUAUAUAAAUAUAUGUAUAUGUAAAUGCAGCCAUACCUUUGGCAUGUCCAAAUGUGUGUACACCCAACUACGCA